CCCCGCCAUUUAGGUAGCGCCGGCAAGUUGAUCCUCCUUUAGUGUCGCAGCGACGUAGUGCUGGCCCUCCAGGUCCAGCCCCCACUGCAAGCACAAAGAGCCUCAUUCUUUGGACGCUCGCUCGUCCUUGGAUUCUUUCUGUCACCCUCUGCGGGAGCAGUUUACCAGAUGCUCUGGGCGCUGAAUUCAAGGCCACUAGACAUAGGUUCUCUGUAGUUCCCUGGGCGUCUCCACCGUUUCCUGAUAAUCUGCCUUUCAAGUUUGCGUCUCUUGAGGCAUGUGCCUUACAUUCCUAUGCAGUGUCCCGGAAUUAUGCUCUUUCCUUUUGGAAAUACGGUCACCCCAGGUGCGCCUUUUGGAACGAAAUACUCCCCUGGCAGUGGGAUAGCAUCUGCAGUUACUGCGAAGCGUGGUAACAUUAGGAUUUCUACGGGCUGUUACAGAGUGGGUUUUUAGUGAACUCUUCGUAGCAGGAGGCAGCAUUUUAGCUCAGUGACUGUGCUUGGUGCCUUGAAAUUGGGGGCAAAGGAGAUACUUUGUAAUUAAACCACUCGGGUCCAAAACCUCUUGACAGGAAGAAAUCUAAAGCAGAAAAAAGCCUGACAGCCAUGUCAUGUUUACUAGUAUCUGCUGGUCAAAUUUCUACAUAGAGACAAAUACACUCUUUGCUUUUAUAUGCCAGUUCAAUCUAACGUGUUGACGUUCUGUAGAUGCUGACGUGAAGUUUUAGCAGCUACCUUGGAAACUCGCAAUCAAAUUUCUCAAUAAGUUAAUUCCCAGAUCAUCAUGAUAAUCACCUUAUUUUUUCUUUGAUAAGUUUGACUGAAUGCUGUAAACUUAACCACUUUUUUCUAAUAUGAUCCCACAUCAUUUGUCAGUCUUAUAGCAAUUGUCUUUGAUGCCUAAAUUACAAAACCUUAGUCAUCUUAGGUUUCUCUUAUGCUUCAUCUCUAUAUCUCUUAUAUUGCCAAAUCUCAUGUUUUCUUUAUUCAAAAAGUAACUUAGAUUUAUCCUUUUGAUUUUCAUUGUUGAAGCCGUAAGUCUGUUUUUCUAGGACUUUGUUACCUCUUAACUCACACCCUGAAGGCUCAAAUAACAGUUCUAAAACAUGACUAUAGUCAUGUUUACUUUGAUGAACCUGUAAAGGCUCAGGACCAGAUUUCUAUGCUUGGGUUUCAAAGCCCUUUCUCUAUAACCUGGCCUAGUAUUUCCUAUGCAUGUGAUACUGUGGGAAAAGCCCAGGAUUUAGAGUAAGACCUGGAUUCAAAUACCAAGACGGUCAUUAUACUAACACUGUGUCCUUGGUAAACUCUGAGCUCCGUUGUUCUCUCUCGUUUUGAAUAACAAUAUUUUUUCUUCCAGCCUCUUAAUUAUUGUGAAAAUUAUAAUUGGCGUAAUGUGUGGAAAAGCUAUCAGAGUUAAACAAAAACAACCUAAGCUAUUAUUGUUAUUUCUCAUCGUACUCAUUCAUUUUACCAACAUUUGAAAAUCUAGUGUAUUAGAUACUGGUGCGACAGCUAUGAAAGACAGGCCCUGCCCUGUCUAUAUGAAGGGCUUCCUGUGCUAAGGGAAGUGUACAAAUUGAAGGAUUUUAAGCAGACAGUUGGCCCGGUCACAGUUGCUUUCUGGAACUUCAUUCUGGCUGCAAUGUGUGCCUCCUUACUGCAGUGUACAAAACUUUCUAUGUUUGUGCUUUUCCUUAUUUUCUUUACCCAAAAGGGCUUAUGCCCUCUCCUGGUGCCUUAGUACUAUUUAUCUUUCAUUAUCCACUAGAGGUCCCAUUUCUGCUGUGAAGCAUCCUCUAGUUAUUUUAGCCUCCAUUACUUAUUUCCUUCUCUGAAACCCUAUUAGGAAAUGUACCACACAGUUUAGUCCUUAGUUGUUUCAUGUGUGUUUGUGUCCCUAAGUAGAUUGUAAUCUCCUUGAGGAUAGGAAAUGUUUCAUAUGUGUGUGAAUAGAAGACAUGUUAAACACGAAAGUAUGUUGCUUGGUCUCUUUCUACUUUGUUUUUCAGGAUAGGACCGGAUUAUGGGCAACAGUCCUUUUAAUUAAUUUAUCAUCGUCAUGGCUAGUGAGGGCUGUUCCAAGGCGGGUGAUAGUCCUUUUUCAUCAGAUAAACAUGCCCAACUCAUCUUGGCCCAGAUCAAUAAAAUGAGGAAUGAACAGCAUUUCUGUGACGUGCAGCUGCAAGUUGGGAAGGAGACUUUUCAAGUUCAUCGGCUGGUUUUGGCUGCCAGUAGUCCUUACUUUGCAGCUUUGUUCACUGGAGGAAUGAAAGAGUCUUCAAAAGAUGUUGUACAGAUUCUAGGAAUUGAAGCUGGAAUCUUUCGAAUACUUCUAGAUUUCAUUUACACAGGUAUAGUGAACGUAGGUGUGAAUAAUGUCCAGGAGUUGAUUGUUGCUGCGGACAUGCUACAGUUGACUGAAGUUGUCAAUCUUUGUUGUGAGUUUCUGAAGGGACAAAUUGAUCCGCUGAACUGUAUUGGGGUCUUUCAGUUCUCAGAGCAAAUUGCCUGCCAUGAUCUUUUGGAAUUCACAGAAAACUACAUUCAUGUCCAUUUCUUGGAGGUUCAUAGUGGGGAAGAGUUCCUGGCACUUACAAAAGAUCAGCUGAUCAAAAUUUUGCGAAGUGAAGAGCUUAGCAUUGAGGAUGAAUACCAGGUCUUCUUAGCUGCAAUGCAAUGGAUUCUGAAAGAUCUAGGAAAGAGAAGAAAAUAUGUGGUGGAAGUGCUAGACCCAGUUCGAUUCCCUUUAUUACCUCCUCAGAGGCUUCUAAAGUAUAUAGAAGGAGUAUCUGAUUUUAAUCUUCGUGUUGCGUUGCAAACACUUUUGAAAGAGUACUGUGAGGUGUGCAAAUCUCCCAAAGAGAACAAAUUUUGUGGUUUUCUGCAGACAUCUAAGGUUCGACCUAGGAAGAAAGCAAGAAAGUACCUGUAUGCAGUAGGUGGAUAUACUCGGUUGCAGGGGGGUCGUUGGAGUGAUAGCAGAGCCCUCAGCUGUGUAGAACGUUUUGACACCUUCAGCCAGUACUGGACCACUGUGUCUUCACUUCAUCAGGCUCGGUGUGGACUUGGAGUAGCAGUUCUUGGAGGGAUGGUCUAUGCUAUUGGAGGUGAAAAGGAUUCAAUGAUUUUUGACUGUACUGAAUGCUAUGAUCCAGUUACUAAACAGUGGACAACUGUAGCUUCCAUGAAUCAACCCCGAUGUGGCCUGGGAGUGUGUGUGUGUUAUGGGGCUAUCUAUGCUUUGGGUGGAUGGGUUGGAGCUGAGAUAGGGAAUACCAUUGAAAGGUUUGAUCCUGAUGAAAAUAAGUGGGAACUAGUUGGCAACAUGGCUAUGUCACGCUACUACUUUGGCUGCUGUGAAAUGCAAGGUUUAAUUUACGUAAUUGGGGGCAUCAACAAUGAAGGAAUAGAGCUUCGUUCUUUUGAAGUUUAUGAUCCACUUUCUAAGCGUUGGUCUCCACUUCCUCCAAUGGGAACCAGGAGAGCAUAUCUUGGAGUGGCUGCACUCAAUGACUGCAUCUAUUCUGUUGGCGGGUGGAAUGAGACACAAGAUGCUCUUCAUACUGUAGAAAAAUAUUCCUUUGAAGAGGAAAAGUGGGUUGAAGUUGCCUCAAUGAAAGUGCCCAGAGCAGGCAUGUGUGUUGUGGCAGUCAAUGGACUUCUGUAUGUUUCUGGAGGUCGAUCUUCCAGCCAUGAUUUCUUGGCCCCAGGUACCUUGGACUCAGUUGAAGUUUAUAACCCUCAUUCAGAUACAUGGACAGAAAUCGGUAACAUGAUCACCAGUCGUUGUGAAGGAGGUGUUGCUGUAUUAUGAAAUGUAAAGCAUAAGAGAGCACAAGAAACAUUUUCAAAAUACAGAAUCUGACCUUUUGCAAAUCACAUAUGUAUUUGGUGACAGGACCCUCUGAUUCUAUUGAAUUUUCCAUGUUUUGGUAGAUAAAUAACUAAAGAAUGAUUCUUCUAAGAAUUUAAGUAAGAAAGGAUAUGGUAUAUAUCCUAAAUCAAUGAAGAGCUCACAAAAAUUUGCCAACUCUACCGACAGAAAUGCUGUUUAUGCUCUACUCCAGUUAGGGGUAGAGUCCUAUUUGUAAAAAUGAUUUGCUAGAAGCUUCUUGGCAAUAGCCCCUCUAAAUGCUUCUCCAGUGCAAUUCAAGCUGUAACAUGACCCUUAUGUGAUAAAAGACUAUCAGUGAGACACUUUAAAGAUAUCUGUACAUUCAUGAUUCAAUCCAGAGCACAAUUUUCUGUAGCCAUAGUUUAACCUACAGAGAAAAGCCAAUGAAACAACUUCCUACUUUUGAUGGCCAGGAGUGUUCACUAGCCCCAAACUUUUUAUUGGCAGCAUAUAUACUGGGAGGGACAUGUGGGAAAUAUCCAGCAAUUUAUUUAGAUAGAUAAGUUUUCACCUGGUGAUAACAGCAUUAAAAAAGCUUUUGCUCACUUAUGUUUUCUGUCUUCAUGCUGAGAAUGCAAAUGAGCAAUUUAUAGGAGGUUUUUAGAGAUAGUCCUUUAUUGCAAUAGGAUGAUGUAAUGGGUGAUAGAGCCCAGCAGGUGGUAUGUGCCUAGUAAAUUUCUUCCCUAUUUUCUAAAGUCACCAAAAAUAUGUUUGGCUUUGGGAAGAGAGCAUUGUAUUAGAUUAUCAAGCUUUGAGAAGCCUACUUGUACUUGGGCAAGCCGAAGUAUGAGCUUUCUACAAAGCUACUGCCUGGUUUGGAGAAGGUGGAAUUGUAGGUACCUGUGAAACUUUUUAUAGACACUGACUCAUAAGUCUAAGUUGAAAGACCUCUGAUCCAAAACUUCUCUUUUCCCCCUGAGAAGCAUUCUAAAGAAUUGUUCUCUGUCUGCUUCUGAGAGGAAGUUUCUCCAUGUACAUGAUCAUCACUUCUGUUAUUUCUACUACUCAGUUGGAGCCAUGUCUAUUAAAGGUCUUUCAUACAUUUAGGUUUCCCUGCUGAUUCCAGGAUUUGAUUUGUAUAUCCCUGAUUUCCUCUCUUCUUUACUAAAGUCCUUCAACAUACUGUUACAGGCAUCAGCAGCUUAUUUAGAUAGAAAACCUUUGGUAAGCAUUAGACUCAGGUUGCACUCAUAUCCAAAAUAUUUGGAUUGGCCCACAAGGAUACUUUCUUUCAUAACUUAACCAUAUGCAUGUAUUAAGAAAAGCUUAGGUACUACAGACAGAAAGCUCUGUGUCCGUUUCUUUGGGGCAUCCUGAGUCUGAAGGGUCACAGAUGCCUGGUUGGUAUCUGUAAAAUGUCAAGGAAUGAAGUAUCAAGAUGAUUUGUAGAUUAUUUAAGCUCUAACUCAUGUGCCUUUAAUAUUUCUAGUUACAGAGAAUCUGCAUUCUGGUUCAAAAGAGCUUUAUAAAAUGCUCCUAUAAUUGAAGCCAUUAUAUAAUUGGCACCAUUAUUACGUGGUCCCAACCUAAAAUGGCACUGUGAAGGGAGGCAUUUUGUAUGCUGUGGCAGAAAUGUAAUGUCAAGACAAUCAGUGUUUGCACUUAAUAGAUGCAGACAAUCCCUGAAAAUAGGUAAUUGUAAAUAUGCUUAUUAUUUCCUAAGUAAUGACAGAUUGUUUUAAAAAGAAUGUACUAAUAAAGUAUCUCGAUUUUUGAUUU